UAUAAUUUUGAUGAAGCGAAAUAUUCGACGUGGAUCAGUUAUGUAAACGUUCAUGUAGAGUUCCAAAUUUGCAAAAAUGCCAAUGAAAGUGUUAUUUCUACAUGGUUUUGGUCAGAACUCACAAGUUUUCCGACAAUCUACAGGUGGGUUUCGGAAGUUGAUCAAGAAGUUCAAGCUUGAAGUAGUGUUUGUCGACGCUCCUCACGAGAUAAAUCAACCAGGAUUCGAAUCGGGGAACCUUGGAUGGUACUUCGCCGACAAGACUGACCGUCAUUUGGAACCAGGUGGCGUGGAAGAAAGUUUGGAUCACCUGGAAAAAUUGAUCAAAGAAAACAAUCCCGAUGGUAUUGUCGGCUUCUCACAAGGCGCUUCAAUUUUCUGCAUGCUCUGUGCCUCCAGAGGAGAAGCUCCAAAAUGCAUCAAGUUUGCAAUGUUGUUUGGAUGUCCAAUGCUGAAUCGCGUGAAAGAGAAACAAGAAACUUUGAGGGAAAUCCAGCUGCCAAUUUUGUUUGUUUCUGGUGUAGAAGAUAAGGUUAUAGAUUGGCAGGAAGGAGAACAAUUGAGUCUGAUAUUCAAAAAUGCUACCUUUUUCCAACACGACGGAGGACAUCAUGUUCCAGGUGGCGGAUCUUUCAGAACUCUGUACAAUGAUUUCUUAUCUUCAGUCAUUGUUUCAGACAAUCCUAAAUCAAACGUUGAAAUAAAUGAGUGAAGCAAUUGGAACUCUUCUUAUAUAAUAAUCGAAUGACAAAAAAAUUAAUGCCAUAUUUUAGCUGCCAUAAGGCGCAAUGCAAUGAUUAAAGCGAUCAUU